AUGGCCAUGCCCAACCCACGAACGGUGUUGACCUCCGCGCCGUCACCGCCCGCCGGCUGCUCCUCCUCCACCACCUCCUGGUCGGCGCCGGCGGAGUUCAUGGCGCCGGCGCCUCCGUCGCCGUCCGACGGCGAGCUGCUGCGCUCGCUGCACCGCCUCGCGCGGGACCUGUCCGCGGCCGCCGAGACGCCGGCCCCGUUCCUGCGCGGCGCGCUCGCGCCCAUCACCAGGCGGUCCAGGCUCCUGGCCGCCGCGUUCGACGACCUGGUCCUGUGCGCCGCGGCGGCCGGGGGGGACAUGCCGCGGUCCGCGUCGCUGUGCCUCCGCGAGGUGCUCCUCGUGCUGCAGCGCUUCAAGGCGCUGGCCGCCGACUGCGCCGCGCGGAGCCGGAUGCAACUGCUGCUGCAGUCGGACGAGAUCGAGGAGGAGGUAAGGGAGCUGCACCAGGACCUGGCCACGCUGCUCGACCUCCUGCCGGGAGUCGAGCUGGGCCUUGCCGACGACGUCAUCGACCUGCUGGACCUCGCGUCGCGCCAGUGCAGGCGGUUCGCGCCGUCUGUGUCUGUCCAGGCGGAGCAGGCUCUCAAGGCCAGAGUGCUCUCGCUAAUACAGGAAAUCGAGCGGGAGAUCGUGCCGGAGCGGGAGAGGCUGCGGGAGAUCCUGGAGGAGGUGGGCAUCAACGACACCGCGACCUGCGGCGAAGAGAUCGAGAGCCUCGAGCGGGAGAUCGGCGACCGCGCCUCGGAGAGGUGGACGGACGCCAUGAUCGCGCUCGUCGGGCUGCUGCGGUACGCCAAGUGCGUCCUGUUCAGCGCCACGCCCCGGCCUCCUUCGGAUUCCAAGCCGGACCCCGAGGUCGACGAAGAAGGGGAGCCCCCGGCACCGCCGCCGGACUUCCGCUGCCCCAUCACCCUCGAUAUCAUGCGCGAGCCCGUCGUCGUCGCCAGCGGCCAGACGUACGACCGGGACUCCAUCUUCCGGUGGUUCGACUCCGGCAAGUCAACGUGCCCCAAGACAGGGCAGGUCCUUACCGUUUUGGAGCUCGUGCCCAACAAGGCGCUCAAGAACCUCAUCGCCAAGUGGUGCCGGGAGAACGGCGUCGCCAUGGAGAGCAGCGAGGCGAGCAAGAGCGAGCCGGCGCAGGCGGUGGCCGCGAACAAGGCGGCGCUGGAGGCGGCGCGCAUGACGGCGUCGUUCCUCGUGAAGAAGCUCUCCAUCUCCUUCUCCCCGGACGCGGCCAACCGCGUCGUGCACGAGAUCCAGCUGUUGUCCAAGUCCGGCGCCGACAGCCGCGCGUUCGUCGGGGAGGCCGGUGCCGUGCCGCUGCUGGUGCCCCUGCUCUACUCCGAGGACGCCGGGCUCCAGCUGAACGCCGUCACGGCGCUGCUCAACCUCUCCAUCCUCGAGGCCAACAAGAAGCGCAUCAUGCACGCCGAGGGCGCCGUGGAGGCGGUCGCCCACAUCCUUAGCUCCGGCGCGACUUGGCGCGCCAAGGAGAAUGCGGCGGCCGCCGUGCUCAGCCUCGCGUCCGUGCACACCUACCGGCGCCGCCUCGGCCGGAACCUGUCCAUCGUGGAGAAGCUGGUGCAUCUGGUCCGCACCGGUCCGACGAGCACCAAGAAAGACGCGCUGGCCGCGCUGCUGUCGCUGGUGGGCGAGAGGGAGAACGUGGGAAAGCUCGUCGACGCCGGCGUCGCGCAGGCGGCGCUGUCCGCGAUCAGCGAGGAGGAGACCGCGGCCGCGGUGCUGGCCGCGCUGGCAAAGCGCGGCGGCGCGGAGGCGAUCGUGGGCAUCGACGGUGCCGUGGCGCGGCUGGUGGCCGAGAUGCGGCGCGGCACGGAGUGGGCCAGGGAGAACGCGACGGCGGCGCUGGUGCUCCUGUGCCGGCGGCUGGGCGCGCGCGCGGUGACGCAGGUGAUGGCCGUGCCCGGCGUGGAAUGGGCCAUCUGGGAGCUGAUGGGCACCGGCACGGAGCGCGCCCGCCGCAAGGCCGCGUCGCUCGGCAGGAUAUGCCGCCGGUGGGCCGCCGCGUCGGCCGCCGACGGCGAGCGGGGCAGCGUGUGCCCGGCCGCCAGCAGCGUCGUGCCUCCGGCCAUGAUGGCGUCGUAA